AAAACAAAACAAAACAAAACAAAAGCUCCUGUGUAACUUGUAGGUCACUCAAAAAGCCAAAACCCCACGAGAGAGAGAGAGACAGAGGGGGUCCCAUUUUAACUCAUACCUCCAAAACCCUUUUUUGUUUUUUCCUCACCACCUUGCUGUUUUCGCUUACACUUAUUAUAUAUCCCCCUCCCGGCCUCUACCAGCCAUUUCAAGCACACCCCUUUUUUGAGCUCUUUUGUUUCCCCUUUUGCUUCUUAUUCUUCUGCCCCAUCUCUAUAAGUUUCCAGUUUCAUCGCACUUCCUAUAAGCUUCCACCGCUUUUAGUUUUCUUACUCUAUAAAUUAAGCAAUACCCUUCCUUUUUUUCUCUUCAUAAUCUCUUUCUUAUUUUUUUCCACCAUGAAAGAGUAUUGGACUUCUCUUGCUUCAUUACUAGGGGUUUUGGCUUUUUGUCAAAGCCUCCUCCAAGUCAUUUUCCCACCCGAACUCCGUUUUGCUUGUCUCAAAGUAUCUAACCGUGUCUUCAAUUUGUUCUCUUCUUACUGCUAUUUUGACAUCACCGAGAUCGACGGCGUCAACACCAACGAGCUUUACAACGCCGUUCAACUUUACCUGAGUUCCUCUGUUUCCACCAACGGUAGUCGAUUGAGUCUCACUCGCGCUCUUAAUUCAAGCGCUAUUACAUUUGGUCUUUCCAACAAUGACUGCAUCAUCGAUACGUUUAAUGGUGUCAGUGUGGUUUGGGAACACGUUGUGACUCAAAGGCAAGCCCAAACCUUCUCUUGGCGACCCUUGCCGGAAGAGAAACGAGGCUUCACACUGCGAAUCAGGAAGAGGGACAAGUCCUUGAUCCUUGAUUCUUACCUGGAUUACGUAAUGGAAAAGGCUAAUGAAAUCCGACGGAAGAAUCAAGACAGGCUGUUGUACACCAAUUCUCGAGGCGGGUCUUUGGAUUCCAGGGGACAUCCUUGGGAGUCGGUUCCAUUUAAGCAUCCAAGCACCUUUGAUACAUUGGCUAUGGAUCCUGUAAAAAAGCGAGAGAUUAUGGGGGAUCUUAAGGAUUUCGCCAAUGGUCAGUCUUUUUAUCAGAAGACUGGUAGAGCCUGGAAAAGAGGUUAUUUGCUAUACGGUCCUCCAGGGACAGGGAAAUCCAGUAUGAUUGCAGCCAUGGCUAAUUACUUAAGUUAUGAUAUCUAUGACCUUGAAUUAACUGAGGUUCAUAACAAUUCUGAGCUGAGGAAGCUGUUGAUGAAAACAAGUUCCAAGUCUAUUAUUGUGAUUGAAGAUAUUGAUUGUUCCAUUAAUUUGACUAACAGGAAGAAGAAUAACAACAACAAUACAAGCACAAGGAAUUACUAUGACCCUGAAAUGAGAUGUGGGUCAGUUCCAGGCCCUGGUGAAGAUGGUGGGAAUUCCAUUACCCUUUCGGGGCUAUUGAAUUUCACUGAUGGGUUAUGGUCUUGUUGUGGGAGUGAAAGGAUUUUUGUGUUUACAACCAACCACAUUGAGAAGCUCGACUCUGCAUUGCUCCGAUGUGGGAGGAUGGAUAUGCAUAUUUUCAUGAGCUACUGUUCAUAUCCCGCAUUGAUGAUACUGAUGAAGAAUUAUCUGGGUUACGAUGAAAGUGAUUUGGAUGCUGAUGUUUUAAAACAACUUGCUGAGGUAGUUGAUAAAGCAGAGAUGACCCCAGCUGAUAUUAGUGAAGUUUUGAUCAAGAACCGGCGUUGUAAUCCAAAAGCUGUCAGUGAAUUGCUGGAAGCCUUGAAGACAAGAGCAAACAGGAACUUGUUGCAAAAUGGGAUUCUGAGGGAGAAAAAUUCAGAAGAUAUUAUGGAAGAUGAAGAACAAGAGAAAAGGGCUUUAGAGAGUCCUCCUAAUGAAGGGUCUGAAUUUGAAGAGCCUUGCAAGAAACAAGAAGAGGAAGACGAAGAGAAGAUGAAAUGAUAGCAUAAAUCAAAAAAGGCUCCUUUGGUUCUUUUUUAAUUUUUCUUGAGAAAAAGAUUAAACGUGUAAAAAAAGCAAAAUGUCUUUGAUGAACUUUGGACUAACCAGGAAAGGAUGUUUCAAAUUUUGUUGGUAAAAAACUUGGGGAUGGGAUGAGGAGAAAAAACAAUGGGUUAGGAAAAUGAUUGGGGUAUUCGUCAUUUUACUCAUGUUUGGUCACCUAUCUUAUUUUGUAGUUUUAAUAAUAAAAUUAGUCACUAUAUAUUAAUAUA